UAUUAUUGACAUUUAUAGAAGAGAAAAAAAAAUGGGAAAAAAAAACAUCCACCACUCUGAAACCGCAAAAUCUCCAUCCCGAUGGCCAUCAAAUCCGCCAUUGCCAUCACCAUCACCUUCUUCAUCGUCUUCUUCACCAAACUUACACUUCCACAGCAAAUCUCAGCCGUCGAUUCGGACUGCACCGACCGUUGGAUCCACAUCCGUACUCUCCCUUCGCGGUUCAACCUCGAUCUCCUCGCGACGUGCAACCAAUACCCAACCACCGACGAUCUAUGCCCGUUCUUAGCGAACCACGGUCUCGGCCCGAAAACCCAUGCCCGGACCCGCAGCUGGUACCGGACUGACCCGCUCCUCCUCGAGCUUGUCUUCCACCGUCGGAUCCUCGAAUACCCUUGUCUCACGCCCGACCCGAAUCUCGCCUCCGCGAUCUAUCUCCCUUACUAUGCCGGUUUCGAUUCGCUCCGGUUCCUCUACGGACCCGAUCAGAACUCCAGUUCCGAUCAUGGGUCGGAUCUUUUCCGGGUCUUGACCCGGGAUUCGCCAGAGAUCUGGUCUCGUCACUCGGGUCACGACCAUUUCCUCGUCAUGGCUCGACCCGCUUGGGAUUUCUCCCAGCCGCUGACCGUUGACCCUCCGAUCUGGGGAACCUCCUUCCUUGAACGGCCUGAGUUCUUCAAUGUCACGGCUUUGACGCUUGAAUCUAGGUUUUGGCCAUGGCAAGAGCAAGCGGUUCCUUAUCCCACGUCGUUUCACCCUCACAGCUUACCGUUUUACGAGUCGUGGAUCCGCCGCGUGCGCCGGUCGCGGCGGACGACGCUGAUGCUCUUCGCCGGCGGCGGAGGAACGUCCUCGUCGCCGAAUAUCCGGCGGAGUAUCCGGUUAGAGUGCUCGAACUUGACCGAACCGGAAAUAGAACCGGAAAUUUCAUCGAUUUUAGCGGGGAACGGGCAGAGCAAGAUCUGCGAGUUUGUGGAUUGCUCCAACGGAGUAUGCGAACACGACCCCAUCCGGUACAUGAGGCCGAUGUUGCAAUCCACGUUUUGUCUGCAACCGCCGGGAGAUACGCCGACGAGACGGGCGACCUUCGACGGGAUACUGGCCGGUUGUAUACCGGUUUUCUUCGAGGACCUGACCGCGAAAAUGCAGUACCAGUGGCAUUUACCGUCGGAGGAAUUCUCGGAAUUCGCAGUCACCAUAGCUAAAGAGGACAUUGUGUACAGAGGCGAGAGAAUCGCGGACGUGUUGAUGAAUAUACCGAGAGAGGAAGUGGUGAGGAAGAGGGAGAGAGUGAUAGAUUUGAUUCCGAGGGUUAUGUAUCGGAGGCAUGGAGCUUCUGUCGGAUUGAUGAACAAGAAGGAUGCUUUUGACAUCGCCAUUGAUGGGGUUCUGCAGAAGAUCAAGGACAGGGUUCAAGGUAUGUCUGAUCACUGACCACGAACAGGGGCUCUUCCUGUUUUUUGAUCGGUACGAAUAUAUCUAUCGAUGGGUCGUUUGGUAUGCUAACGAGACUGGAUUUAGGUGUUUUAUAUUCACAUAAUUAUAAACAAAGUUCUCGUCUUUUCUUCAACUUUGUGUGCAAGUCAUUACAUCUCCGAAUGGUUCAGCUUCCACAUAAUUCCUUCAUGGGCCUUAUAUUAUUUAUAAGAUGGUCCAUUGUUCUAAUUUGGGCCUGUUAGGCCCAAUUUAUGUAUGCAUGUAUAUGCAACUUUGAGAUUUUUAGUUAGAUUAUUAUACAA